CUUAAAAACCUUUUGAAAUUGAGCAAACCAAACGCUCCUCUAGAGAAAACCUUUUCCCUCCAAAUCCUCUUUCUUCUUUGCAAUUCAAAAACCCUCUCAUCGCAUUCAAUUCCCCACUCAGUCCCCUCUUCAACACGCUGUACCUGACACCGAUCCCAAUCCCCAGAUGAAGCAGAGCCUCUUCUUUAAAUCCCCCUCCCAAAACUCAAUUCGCGUCGACUCCAAGAACCAACGCAUUCGCGUCGCGGACAUACUUGCCGCUGACGAGGAGGAGGAGGAGGAGGACUGUGUUGGCGAUUUUGGCAUGGAUUGGCGGCGGCGCAGCGACGGGUCUACGAGCCUCCAGUGCUCGUCUCCGCGCCGGAUUGUUGCGCGGUGGCUGGCGGCGCUGAGGCGGGCCAAGGAGAGAAGGAAUGUUGUGGUGCGUGCAAGGCGUUCGAUGAAUAGUCUGAAUGCUGGUGACUCGUCGCCCUCAGCUUCGGAAAGCGAGGAGUCAGGACAGUGUAGGAAAGAUACUUCUUUCAACUUGGGAGUGGGAUGUAGUUUGCUAUAUCUCAUUGCAGCGAGUAAAACUGAACUUACUAAGAUGGUUGAGUUGCGUACGGAAAUGGAAAUGCUUCUUCAAAAUGUCAAAGACGAUUUGCAAAGGAAGGAUGCACUGCAUAAGUCAUUUGAGUCAAUUGACACUCUUGCCUAUUCCACCACUGAUGUACAAGAAGGCUCAAACUUUAACAGCUGGCUUUCACUUCAGUCACAAACAACAUCAUAUGUAUUACCAGAUUCAGGAACCAUUACGGUACAUGAUCAGCCUUUAAAAGAUGAAUAUGUACCAGAUUCAUCUACACUUCAACAAGAUGAAUAUGUAGAAGGAAUGGAUGAACUUGAGGCAGAACUUGAAGCUGAGUUGGAGCGUUUGCAGACCCGCUUGGAUAGAGAUAAUUCGUUGAAACAUCCACUACAGGAAAGGAUAAAGGUGACUGUUGACGAUACGGAUUCUGUCAGAAGCCGUAGUUCGAGUUUUGGGGAGGUAAUUGACCUUCAAAAUGCCAGUACUGAAGUUCACUGUGGAGUUCCACCCACAGAACUUCAGAGAAGGUUGCAUGAACUACUGGAAGCAAAGCAGCAAGAACGGAUAAAAGAGCUAGAAGCUGCUCUAGAAUGUGCUAUGCACAAGCUCCGUGAGAAAGAAAUAGAAGCUUCUUGGUGGAAAGACACUGCACGACUUAUUUCUCAACAUGUUCCAGGGCCUUCACGGCUUAGUUCCCAACCUGAUUCAGAAACUUCUUAAUUAUGUAGGUAAGCUUCAAAUUGUAAACGAUAGCUUUUGAGUGAGAUUUUGUUAAAGCCACCAUGCAUGUGUAACUUUACUUGGUCUGUGAUGAUGAGUUACUGUAUCUAUUUUGGCUUUUGGGUUUGAAACACUGUGAUAUUGCUUGUACAAGGUGUAGUGAUGACAAAUGAGAAGAAUAAUAUAUACGGUUUUAAGAAAUGCAAUA